CAUCCUUUCGAUUUCCACCGAAAUGAAGUCGCGUCUUGUAAGAAACGAAACUUAUCGCAGCUUGACUUUCCUCUGACCUCUUCGGUGAAAUGAAACUUUCUGAGCAAUGACAGUUAAUCGAUGUAACCGGUUUAACUGCACUUUCCCUCCCGUGCGUCCCGCUCUUGGCCUGAACCAGCCUGCGGUGCCGCUCGGGACAGUUGCGCCGCCGCUCGCUAGAUGAUGCUGCAGCCCCGAUUCAUCCCUGAACCGAGCAGCUUCUCGCAGGAAAACGCAGACGAUGAAAUGCGAUCCGACCAUCGUCCGGUGUUGUUUUCAGUCUGCCGCUAUGGUGUUACACUGCACUUGUGUUGUAAUUACUUAAAUACGUUUGAUUAGGAAGGAGGACCACGGUAUGUGAAGUCUUUGUUUAUGCGCCAUUGCUCGCGUUCUCACGUCGCCUUCGCAUUGUUGACGCCGGAGCAGGGCCUACACAACAUUAGACAGGCUGCUAGUCAGCUCUCUGCUAUUUGGAUUUUUAUGUACAUUGCAUGUUUGUCCCGCGUAAAACGAGCAGAUCCAACACGAUCAUGACAGAUACAACGCGUCUCCACUAACCAGGAAGUAAUAAAAGAUGUCCCCCUCCUCUGUCACACAGUGAGGACCCUCCCCCUCCAGCUGUAGCUGCCAUGCUGGACAAAAGCAGUGAUGACGAGCAGCCCCAGUCUGGUCACUGCUCAGACUGUGGCUGCACUUUCAGCCUUCCGCAGUCUGACUCCGACCCCGAGUCCAGCGACGCUCCCAAACAGCCCCAAACAGAGGGAAACUCCAAAUGCCCAUCGUGCCAGGCGGGCAGCAGCCCCACCAACGGCCGGCGGCCACACCGGCGCAUCCGCCUGGACCCCCACAGCUGCAGCCUGUGCACCAAGACCUUCAUCUCCUCCGCCCACCUGACCCUCCACCUGGCCUCGCACAACAAGGAGAGGAAGUUCAGAUGCAGCACCUGUGGCAAGUACUUCCAUCAGUCCUCCCACCUGAUGGCACACAAGAUAAUCCACAGCGGGGACAGGCCCUUCAAAUGCCCAGAUUGUGGGAAGACCUUCGGCAGAGCCUCCCAUCUGAAGACCCACCGCCGGCUCCACACGGGCGAGAAGCCCUUCAAGUGCACCUACUGCGACAAGUCGUUCACCCAGAAGGCUGGGCUCCUGGCACAUGUUCGCCUCCACACCGGGGAGAGGCCGUACAAGUGUGAGCAGUGCGGUGAGGGCUUCCGCUCGUUGUCGCUCCUGCUGUCUCACAAGGCUCAGGAGGCCAACGGACACACCAAACCAGCGUCCACACCGCCACUCAACCAGCCUCACAAGACACAAAGUAACGCAGAGGAUCUCAAGUGUGGAGUCUGCUGCCGCACCUUUGUCCGAUCUUCAUACAUCAGGCUGCACAUACGCCUCAACAAAGGACAGCGACCGUAUCACUGCAAAGUGUGCAACAAGACCUUUGUCAAGCUGGACACAUUUGUGAACCACUGUGACAAACACUUAAGGCAGAAAAAGGAGAAAAACAAGGAGGGUAACGAUAAAGUGGUGAAACCUCCUCUGUUUGUCCCGCUCUCCAGGCCUCCUACUCCUGAGUCCUCACCCGCUGGGCCCUUAUCCUCAGAGGUCAACACGCGCUCCAGAGCAAAAGCAAAGAGUAAGACAGAGCCGUGACCAAGUGGAGACUAUCCGCCGAGACAAAGAUGAACUUUACUCAAGAAAUGUGUCCCAGCAGUUCUGCCACCGCAAAUACAAACAGGAUGAGAAACUCUCACCUGUUUCUGACGGAUCAAAUAAAAAGUUCCAUGUUUACAAAUUCAAAAAAGGGACAAAGAGCAAAUUAGUAGUUGAAUAACUCCUAAAAUACUGUCGUUUGAUUUUCAUCUACAACCUAAUUGUACAGUUAUUUUAUUUAGAAUAAUUUAAUUGUGACAAAUUGUCUUUGUGAGCAUUGAGCUGUUGUGUUUUUAAUGCAAAUUUUAACACAAAAGUCAAAUGAACAUUCGUAAUAAUGUGAGUGAAAUACAUUGUUCACUUGAUUCUGUUGCUUUCUGAAAUCCAUACAAGCCCGGCGGCACGUAUGCACAAAUUACAACGUAAAUGCUUAUUGUAGGACAAUAAGUAAAACGGACAUAAAAACAUAGUGUGGUGGCCUGAAGCAUUUCUCAGUGAACAGUCCGGUGUUACAGUUGUCAACCCUCUCCUGCACAACACUGAUGUUUUCCCACUAAUUCCGUUUAGUGAAGCUCCACAGUUCAUCCUCAGCAGGCCCGUUUGUCUCUGUGAACCUGCUCUCACAGCAUGGCUCUUAAUGUGCUGCAUCAUGUGGGCCUGUAGCGAUCACACUUAUCACUAGCGGCCUACAUGUCCUGCCAGAUGACCCUCCUUUCACUGUCACAUUGAUGGCAACUUUAUUUCCAGGGCGGCAGCAGCAGCAGCUCACAGCGGAACAGACGAGGCUGGUUGUCUGUGGCUCUCCACCGACGACAGGUGAGGUUAUGUCACCUCCACAUGGGGAAACUCUUUGUUCCAACCUAAGGACAGAGAAAGAAGCAAGUUUACAACUCUUUGGACACUGCUUUAAAGCCAAGUCUGGACUUUUGGAAGGCUAAUGUGUGUAACUGCAUCAUCUAGCAUGAACAAAUGUAACCACAAAGCUAUAAAUAAAAUAAUCUAUCACCGCC